GUCAUUGUGUUCUGUCAAAGUUUUUGUUCUGCUUGUCUGUUUCUCAUUUUCUCUCGAUAUUGCCGUAAUCUGUAUUUGAUUAUUAUUUCACGGCGUUGUAGGAACACCUACACAAAAAGUACAUAGGCCAAAAGAUAACUUAAAAAGUGUGUCACGUAGUCUAUCGCUGUCGCAAUAAAUAAUAAAUGUAGGACAUUAAAAAGCACCGGGUUCGAAAUGUAUAAAUUAUUGUUGAUUAGUUUUUUGAUAAUUAACUCAGUCAAUCUUAGUGAUGUUAGUUAUUACGAAAUAUUGGGGAUAUCAAAACAGGCUUCAACUCAAGAAAUAAGGCAAGCAUAUAAGAAACUUGCCAUAAAACUACACCCUGAUAAAACUUCCAACACUGAUGAACAAGAGAAGUUUAUAAAGAUCACAGAAGCCUAUGAAACUCUAAAAGAUCCUGAGAAAAGACAAAAGUAUGAUCUCUAUGGUUCAUUUCCUUCAUACACUAGAAAAUAUGACUACCAUUCUCAAUCUGAAUACAACAAUCUUUUUUACAAUGGAUUGUACAAGGAUGAUUCAUUUGUAGACACACUCUCAGGACAAACUUUUUAUAGCUACUUAAAUGAAGGAUUCCAUUUCAUCAAUUUCUAUUCACCUUUUUGUCCUCCGUGCCAAAAUCUAGUUGAACACUGGAAGAAGCUUGCGGAAAUGUACAAAGGCAUUGUAAAAGUCGGUGCUGUAAAUUGUAAAUAUCACAACUCGUUUUGCUACAAUUCAAUGAGAAUAGGAAGUUACCCAUCUCUGCUGUUUUACCCUAAUGGAAAACAUGGCAACUUCAUAUACUAUCGUGGAGAACGCACCCUGGAGCACCUAGAUAAAUUUGUGAUGGCCUAUUUGAAUAGUCGUGUCCAUGUGGCUGUAGUCUCACAAAUACUAAACAGCAACAAACCUAUAGCGUAUGUAUUAGGUGCAAAUCGAAUUGAGAGGGGAGCUUUGACAAGGAUUAGUUAUCAUUUAAAAGGUUUGGUAACUUUAGUUAUAGUGGAGGAUGACAAUCUACGAACAAAGUUAACUGAUGAUGACUACACAACUGUUGUAUUUAAAUAUAAAGAAAUCAAGAAAGAAAUAAAAAACAUAGAAGAGAAUGACGUAGUGAAAGAAAUAGUUGAAGCUCUGCCGAAAAUUGAAUCUAUUGGACCUGAAAAAUUAAAGGAUAUAAGGAACCGUUUACGUCAAGGUGCUAAAAGUCCAUGGGUAUUGUAUUUUUCAACAAAAGGCACCGACAGAUUAUUGUUACAUCAAAUGACAAAUAUAUUCCCUAAUAUAAAUUUUGCGGAGAUCGAUUGUGAUAAAUGGGGAGAGCUAUGUUCCUCCCUCCACGUGGAGGAGCCGCCGGCAUGGGGAGUAUUGAAAACUGGCGGGACAUAUCAACUAGCGCACGGAACAGAUGUAAAAACAUUCAUACCGACCGCUAUACAAGCUACAAACUUACAUACACUCUCUGCGUCGGAUCUGCAAAGAAUAUUGGAAGGAGACGCGAGCAUGUGGGUCCUGGCAGUGGUUCCGUACAAAUUGUCCUGGGAACACAUUGCAGAUCCAUUUAUGAAGGCCGCACUCAACUUCAUUGAUUCCAAUGACAUCAACUUUGGCAUAAUGACGUGCACGCUCAACACAGACAAGUAUUGUCGUCAGUUGGCACAGAAUGAACCCGCUAUUGUUAUUCAAGAAAAUCGAAAACGCCAUUAUUACGAUGGCCGUAUAGAAGAGGAUCAGUUGACUGAGUUUAUACAGCUACUGUUGGAUAGCGAAGACUUAGAGUUAGAUGAGCAGCAAGUGUUGGAAAUAUCUGAUCCAUCUAGUCGUCAACACACCUGGCUGGUGGCGUACUUGCCCGCCGAUUGUGGCGUCACAUGCUCACAUCUUGCCCACCAGUGGCGUCUGGUGGCAAACAAGCUCCGUCCAUUGGAGUUCAUUCGCGUUGGUAUACUGGAAUGUUCUCAUCACUCUCACGGAUUCUGUACCAACGUGCGAUCGCCAACCGCACGGUUAUAUCCGCUCGCGUCGGGACAACACUUCACAGUGAGUUUACAACACCUGUCCGAAGCGCCAUAUAUCCUCGAGUGGGCGUUAAGUCAUAUAGAUGAAAUACAGAAGCUCAACUGGAAUUUAUUCUCAAAAUCCGUUGCAGCGGAAGAACUUAACCCAUCAAGUAAUAGGAAGCCGUGGUUGGUGUAUUUCCAUUCACCGAGGUGCUAUCAUUGUUACGAAAUGUAUGCAGACUUUGCGAUGGCCAGUAUUUUACUCCGUAACGCGGUGGAAGUGGGCAAGGUGAACUGCAUAUCCGAUCGCGGCCUGUGCCAACACGAACAUAUAACCGGCUACCCAUCCCUCAGGCUAUAUCUACACCGCAACAAACAUCAGACAUUUAGUAGAGUGAUUACAUUACAACUGAAGGAUUACGAUGCUUUAUUGAGAGAUAUCGAAGCUUAUCUAACACAAUACGACGAUACUCUAUUAAAUAGUAUAGAUUUUGACGUCAGAAAUCAAGGAUUUAAUAUUAAACACGAUGAAUUUUAGAAAAAAAAUUGUAGCAAUUUAAUCUUGAUAAGUAGUUAAUUUUUAUCUCUUGUAGUGCUAGAAGAAUCUGUUUUUAUUAAAACCUACACUAAAUUUCAUUACAUUCUUUAUUCAUACAGACAUCAAAAGAUGAACAAAUAUUUAUUUAUAAUAAAUGGAAUAUUGUUUUGCUUUGUAUCAUAUAUGAUACAUUAACCGAAAAAUUAAAAAAGUGCUUUCUAAAUUCCAAAAACGCUUUAACCUAGUUUAUGCGUGGGCAUAAAAUUUAUAUUGUAACCUUGGGUAGUAUUAUUCACUAUUAAAUGUGAUACAAAAUUAAUGUUCCUCAGUAGAGUAGACGAGUCGGAGUGUGAGUACAUUUUUAUUAAAAUAUUUUAAAUUUAACUUGCAAAUUUAUAGCAGAUGCAGACUAUCGAUAUUUG